UCCCUGGACUGCGCGGGGGAGGCGGGGAGGGUCUGGAAGAGCUCCGUCCGAGACCCUCCCAGCCACCCCGUCUGCCUGCUCCGCAGGCCGGACUGCCACUGCCGGUGCCCGAGCCCGCAGGACCCCCCGGCCCGGGUCCGCGACCCCCUAUCCGCUCCCCCCGGGAGCAGGGAGGGAAGCGCCGCGGAAGGGCUAGGAAGCGGGGAAGUCGGGGGUCGGCCCGCGCCCCCUCCCCAUCGGCCGGCCGAGCGGAGGCCCGGGGGCGACGGAGGACCCCGGGAGGGGCGCCUGCGGGGGGGGGGAGAAGCGGGAGCGGCCGGGGAGCAGCUCAGCCGCUCCCCUCGCUCUCCGGGCGCUCGAAGGGGAAGCCCCCUCCCCGGCCAAGGCCCGUCCGCGCUCGGCUUUGGGGCUCGCCGGGCUCCCGCCGUCCCGCGAUCCAGCAAGGAAGCGAAGCCCCCUCCCCACGGCACGGCGUGCGACGUUGGCUGGAUCGAGGUCUGCUUGUGGGAAGGGUCUCCAGGGUCAGGCGGAGGAAGGGGCCCCUGGGAUGGGGGGCCAGCACCCCGGUGAGGAGGAAAUGGACAGGGGCCCCUGGGCCCACCAGGGUGGGGGAUUCUGGGAAAAAGGCCUCCGGAAAAAGAGCCUGGAUGGCAAGGCAAGCCACCCACACAUCGUGGAUCACCGCUUAGGGGACUUCUGCCACCGGGAGGCCACGGGGCCACGGGAGCCGGGCAACUGCCGCCUGCACAGCCGGGCCCAUGGGUGGCAGCAGCUGGAGAGAUGCAGCAAGGCGCAGAUGCUGGACCUGGUGCUGUUGGAGCAGGGCUCUGAGUCAUUCCUGGAGGCUGCCACUGAUUCCUCCCCCUUGGAGAAGGAUCUCUCCCACCCCCGCAGGAAGCCUCUCUUGGUGGGCAUCAAACACGAGGAACCUCUGCUGGACCCCCCCCCCAUUGGGCAACGCAGCCAUGGGCCUGGAAGUGGCUGAAAUGUUUCUCCAUCCAGAAGGGACAGAAACAGCAGCUGCACCUUCAGUUCAGAGCCCCGUGUCCUUUGAGGAGGUGGCCGUGUAUUUCACCAAUGAGGAGUGGGCCCUCUUGGCCGCUGGCCAGAAAGCUCUCCACCGAGAAGUCAUGCUGGAGAACUCGCGCAACGUGGCGUUCUUCGCAGGAGAUGAAGGGAAAGGGGGCAGCAGCAACAACAGCAAUGUCAGCAGGUGCAGGAUGUCACCGGUGGUCCCCAGCCAUCCUGGGAUGAAGGAGUCAUGGAGAAAGCAGAAAGAAGCCAAGGAGCCGAGGGGAAACCCAAAUGAGAAGCCGAAGGAACCGCUCUCCCUGGGGGACAGUCCUCAGAAAGCACCAUUGCAGCAAAGAAAUGGCAGGAAGAGUGUCCCCAACCAAGUGGAACUCUGGCCAGGUCGGACAGAGCAGAAGCAGCACUGGUGCCCAGAGUGUGGGAAGAGCUUCCGUCAGAGCUCACACCUGUUGUCCCACCGGAGUAUCCACACAGGCGAGCGACCGCACCAGUGCUGGGAGUGUGGGAAGAGCUUCCGUCAGCUGGCCUACCUUGCCUCGCACCGGAGGAUCCACACAGGGGAGAAGCCCUUCCGCUGCCCCGAGUGUGGGAAGCACUUCAACCGGAGCACCAACCUGACCUGCCACCGGAGGAAGCACACAGGUGAGAAGCCUUUCCUCUGCCCCAUCUGCAACAAGGGCUUCUGUGACAAGUCAGGCUUCAACCUCCACCAGCUGAUCCACUCCAAGGACAAACCACACAAGUGCCUGACCUGCGGCAAGACCUUCAUCCGGCGCUCGCAGAUGACUUCUCACGAGGGGAUCCACACAGGCGAGAGGCUCUUUUGCUGUCCCGAGUGUGGGAAAAGCUUCCACCGCAGCUCCAACCUCACCUCCCAUCGGAGGAUCCACAUGGGGGAGAAACCCUACGGCUGCUCUGAGUGCGGAAAGAGCUUUUACGACAAGCAGCACCUUCCGCGGCACCAGAGGAGGCACACAGCGGAAAAGCCCUUCUCUUGUACUAAGUGUGGGAAGACCUUCAGCCAGAAGAGGAACCUGGUGAGACACCAAAAGCUCCACAGUGGACCAACACCGCCUCCGUCCUCGCAGUGGUCAAAGAGGUUCUGUAACAAACGGAAGCCACGGAGGCAUCCAGACACUCACGGGAAGGAACGAGGACCCUUCAUGUCCUGGAGUGUUGAGGUGGCAUCUGACGGAGUCCUGGUCCUGCUUCCCUGCCAAGAAUUCGCACAUGGAGAUCAGUAUGUCACAAUUUCUCAGAUCAAAUGACAGUUAUUAUUGCUCCAUUAGUCUUUGGUUUGACAAUUUCUCCUUUUUAAAAAUCUCUUGCCAGUUAGAGCAGGGGGUUAGACUAGAAGACCUCAAAGGUCCCUUCCAGCUCUAUUCUGACUGACUGAUCAUUUGUGCCUUAAUUCUGUGCUUACAGUCCUGGCACGCUUGGCUGACAGCAGUGCUGAGCGUGGUUCUUUCAACUCAGCUGUAGAUGUAAGAAGAUUCAUGCUGGAGAGAUCAAGUACUCUCAUAUAUUCUAAUUCCCUCCCUUUCUCACAUGUACUGGGUAUCUAUAUCACUCAGGGUGGCGUGCAACACUCACAAUUGGUAUCAAUGCAAUUAUAAACUGUAGAAAGGCCAAAAAUGCAGACUUAAAAAAUAAUGUGAAAUGGCCAAAGGAAGUCACAAAAUCUGCAAGGCAGGUUGACAACACAAGAGGUUGUACAAUUGGCACGUAACAACUGCCUUGCUUAGUACAGAAAAUUCUGGUCCAAAUUGUGGCCGUAAGUCAAGAUCCGCCUGUACUUGGGUCAGAUAAUGGAGGUCAUAUCUCUGUCCUGGAGAUCAAUGAAGCCUCCAGUUAAGGGGAAAGGAAAUUGCAAAGCCAGGAAGUGCAAACACAGAGCAAGUACUUUGCCUCUCUGGAUCAGGCCCCCAUCUUCCACUUGUGAGCAAAAGUGGAAAAAAAGUGGUGUCUUCCCACUAUGUGAACUAGGCAGAUAUUUUUUGGGACAGCACAAUAUGCAGAUCCUGACAUGAUAGCCUCGAUGCAAGGGUUGGCGUUCUGUCAAGCUUCUCGUCUUGAGGACUCAGCGCCACACCCGGAGUCCCCCAGAUGAACUCAGGGAGAGACCAGACCACCAGGGUGGGAAUCCAUUUCCAGAGUUGGAGAUCAGGGAUAUUCGUCCCUUUUUCCAUGCUGGAAUGCUCCAUGGUGGAAUUCACUGGGUGAUCCUGGGUUCGAGUCUUCCUCUCCCAAUUGAAGAUCACGCUAAAAAGCAGUACAGCUGCAAUUGCUCCUAAUCAUUCUGAUUAACCGUUUGUUUGUUUUUAUGUGGAGUUUUUCCAGCCGUAAACAUUUUGUAUAAUAAACAAUUACAUUCGCAAAA